AUGGCCCGAAAAAAAAAAUCAGCAAUAUCAAGACCACAGCAUGAUAUAGAUUUAGAAAAUAAUAUAGAUUCAUUAUACAGCAAAUUUAAUGGUCCAUCAAAUGAUCAAAUUUCAAACCAACAAGAAAGUAAUUCAACUUUAGAAUUAUUAAAACAAAUUCAACAACAACCACCUCAACAACAACAACAACAACAAACUUACUCUUCUUACUCGUCAAGCUCAAACUAUUUGGCGAAUUAUCAACUGAAUCAUUCAAGUAUCAUUUAUCCACAAGCAGAAUCAAAAUCAAUUCAAACACAACCGACCACUUCAUAUAAUUAUAGUAGUUAUUCAAACAGCCCAAAUCAUGGAUCUAAUGGUAUAUCACAUCAACAACCAACUUACGUUAUUGAUGACAAAACUCCAACACCACCACCAACAACAAAAUUUUUAUCUAAUCCAUCAAAAAUAUCAAAUUCAUCACCACCUCAAGCUCCAUCUCUACAACAACAACCUCAAUUUGGACAGAAACAACCAUUAUUUGGAGAACAACCGGCACCAAUAACUCAACAACAAAUCCAUUGCCCAUCGCCUCCAAAACCAAUACCUGUUUAUUCAUUAUCUUCUGAGUCUUCAUUAAAAUCUCCACCUAUUACUCCUGAUCAAAUUUCAAUUAUUUCAAAUCCUCAAAAACAAGUAAACGGUCAAGCUCAAAGUCAAGUAAAUGGACAAGCUCAAAGUCAAGUGAUUGGACAAGCUCAAAGUCAAGUAAAUGGUCAAACUCAAAAACAACAAUCAGAUUCACAAAUACCUCCUCCUCCUCCUCCCCCAACAGAAAAACCAGCACGUGUUGUAACAAGCACCAAAGAAUUAGCAGAAUCAACAAUUUCAGCAACUCCGACCUUAAAAGAAACUGAUGCAACCUCAAAAGAUGUUACAACUACAAUUUCAAAACCUAAGAUCACAAUCGAAAAAUUUCCAAAGGCUGCAAUACCUACAUCUAUGGCAACAACAACAACCACAAAUCCAACUAAUACGACGACUCCAACAUUGAUUCCAACAACGUCAAACCCAAAUACUGAAAUGUUUUCAGCAACAAACACAACUACUACUAAUGCACCAACAAAACCAAUAAUGUCAGCUUCGGCAGCAACAACUGCAUCAACAAAACCAUUGAUUUCAUUGCCAUCAGGUCCAGCUCAAAAUCAAUCAUAUAAACGUCCCGCAUCAAUACAAUCUUCAGAACCAUCUUAUAAACGUAGAAGAGCUUAUGAAUCAACAUCAAUACCGUCAAACCGUCAAGGAAUUGAUACGUAUAUUCCUAAGCCACAAUCUCAAGCAUCAUCAUCAACAUCCACAUCAACACCAGCUUCAUCUUUUGCUUCAGUUCCCAAGCUUGCUUCAUCAUCUUCUCCAACCUUAAAAGAUGAGUCCAGCAAAACUGAUUAUGAUUUUGCAGGGUUUGAGAAAAACAGAGCCCAUAGAUUAUACAAUGAAACAGAAAUUCUCAAAUACUUAAAAGAAAAUAAACAUCACCCAAAAUUAAAAAUAGCAUUUUUCACAACUCAAGCUGAUCAUUUUUUGAAAUUAGCUCAUGAAAGUAUCGUUAAAGAUAAAACUUGUAAUUUUGAUACAAAUUAUAGAAAAUUUAUUAAAGCUGCCAUUAAAAGUUUAUUAAUCCUUUUGAAAAAAUAUGAUCAACAUAUGUGGCCAGAAUUAAAAAUUUCAACUUAUUUUAAAUUAGCUAAAAUUUAUUUUGAUGAAACUGAAUCAUAUGAAUUAGCAGACAAGUAUAUUAAUAAAGCAAUAGUUAUUAGUAAAAAAGAUAAUUUACCAAGAGAAGGAUUCUUUUGUGAUCUUUUGUUGAUACAAAUAUAUGAAAAAAUUGAUUUACAAGCUGCUUCAAGUUUUAUUGGAAGAAGAAUAGAUCAAUAUCAAGACAGACCAUCAAAUGUAUUUGGUCAAUGUUUUAAGUUAAUGAGAAUUAGAAAUCUUUUGGUUACUGAAACUUCUUUAGCUUUUAUUCAUUUGCAAAGACUCCUAAAAGAGCAAACUUUGAAUCAUACUAUUAAAAAAAUUGCAAAUUUGUAUCUUGCAAACUUACUAACUCAUAGAGGUGAUCCAGCCAAAGCAAUUGAAAUAAUAAAAAAUAUUGAUGAAUCAAAAGAAACAAAACAUCCUUUCAAAGCAUAUAUUUUGAUGACUCGUUUAUUGGCUUUCAUGAGUUUAAAUCAAUAUGCUGAAGCAAAAUCAGUCGGCAAGCAAUUAGUGAAUGUUAUUCUGGAGUGUGAAAAAUCAAAAUGGAAUCAUUGGUUACCACAUGGUGAAAUCAAAUUUACUAUUAAAGUCGACCCAGAUGAUUACAAGUCAGGAGAGAUCAAAUUCUUAAUACCUUGGUUAACUGUUGCAGAAUUUAAAAUUAUAUUUUAUUUGAUUACUUCAGUAUCAAUUAUGCAUGGUAAAAAGGAACAAGCACUGGUUGGAUUUGAAAAAGCUUUAAAAAGUUUAACAAAAGCUAAAAAUGAAUUAAGAAAUAAUGAAGUUGUAUCAAGAUAUGUAACAAUAGAAACAUCAAGACAAAAAAUUAUUAAAUUAAAAUUUUUAAGGUACUUGGUUCAAUUUUAUCAACAAUGGUUUAGCUUUUUGAACAAUGACAUGAAAAUCCAACAGAUUAAUGAAUUCAUGAUUGCUAAUAAUGAAUUUUUCACAAAAGAAGAAUAUAUAAUCUUUAAAAGUCUUUAUGCAAAUAUGUAUUACAUUAUUGGAAUUUAUUACCAUUCAAAAGGUGAUAUUCAAGCAGCAAAAUAUUAUUAUUUAAAAGUUAGAAAUAUGACAACACUUAUUGAUCAAUCACCAUCUGUUUCUUUGGUGCAAUUAAACGCAGGUAUUGGAUGUUAUCCAUGUAAUCCACAGGGUAGAUUCAGUGAAUUGUAUAUUUUUAGUACAAUUCAAUUGGUCAUGCUUCUUGAUUUUGAAAUUGAUCAAAUGUUGGAAAUUCAAAAAUCAAACAAGUUAAUGCUCAUAAAUGAAACUAUUAGAAACCAGAUGGGGAAUGAUUUAGCUUUAGCAUUACAGUCUUCCAAACAUUCAGAUAUUUUCCGCCAAAAUUUUAUAUCAAGAAAUGAAAUAUCAAGAGUUACUAUAAAUAUAAUCAUGAGUAUUUUACAUAAUGUUGAACCACCAAAAGAAAAUUUUAGAUCCAUAUUGAACAGACUUGGUGAUAACACUUAUUUUUAUUUAAUUUAUUUUUUAGUUUCAAUUGCUUAUUCAUAUACUGCCUAUAGUGGUGAAAAAUUAAGAAUAUUAAAAACUUGUUCGGAAAUUUUACCAAGUUCAAAAGCUUUAGAGGUUGAUACAAAACAUGGAAAAAUGAUGAUUUCAUCUUCAGAAUCAUCAGAUAGCUGUAGAGUGUUUCUUUUAAGAGAUUUAAUUCAAGGUUAUUUAGCUAAUGGUGAUAGAGAUAAAGUUGAAAUGAUAAAUUUACAACUAGAAAGAUUUUGCGAACUUUUAGAAAAUAAGUAUGAAACUUUAACUAAUAAUGUCAUUUACGAUUCGGAUGUUGAAAAAUUUAAAACUUCAAACUAG